UUCGCUGUUUUUUUUCAUUAUAAGUUGACAACUCAAUUACUCUUAAUUGGUUUUGAACUGUUUGAUAAAAUUGACUAUCUUUGUUAAUUAGCUGAUUUCCCAUUGCAAUGUCCCAAGCUACUUUAUAUACUACUGCUUCCAUUCGUGGUGUUUUGCCCAAAGCCUUCAUUGACUAUUUUAAGUUAGAUGUUGCUGUCAAAACACCAGAAUCAGAUGCUGAGAACUAUACAAGAAAUUUUCCUUUGAAAAAGGUUCCAACUUUUAUUGAUGCUGAAAGUUAUAAGUUGCAUGAAUGUAUUGCAAUCAAUUUGUAUUUGUUAAAAUCCUCAGAUCCCAAGAAUACUUUAAAAUUGCUAGGUUCUUCAACUAAUGAAAAAAUUCUUAUUAAGGAUUACUGUCAAAUUAUCAAAUGGUUAUCCUUUGCUAAUUCGGAAUUAUUGUAUCAAUUGCCAUUAGCUUUUAAGCCUUUAACUGGUGCUUCUCCUUACAACAAAAAACAAGUUGAAAAUGCAUUGGUUGAAAUUGAUAAGAUUGUUGAUGUCUUUGAGAAGAGAUUGACUAAUUUUACUUACUUAGUUGGGGAAAGAAUCUCUUUGGCUGAUUUAUUCUCUGCUACAUUGGCUACAAGAGGUUUUGAUCAUUUGUGGGGUGAUGAAUGGAGAGCCAAAUUUCCAAACUUUGUUAGAUGGUACAAGACUGUUAUUAGCCAUCCAAUUUUAUAUCCAAUUUACAAAGAUUACAAAUUUAGAGAAAAACCUGUUGAAUUUGUUCCACCAAAAAAGGAGAAGAAACAACAACCUAAAAAACAAGAAAAGAAACAAAAACCCAAAGAAGAUGAUCAAGAAGAUGAACAACUUGUUAAAAAGAAACAAAAACACCCAUUAGAAGCCUUAGGUAAAUCUACAAUUCCAUUAGAUGAAUGGAAACGUGUUUAUUCUAAUGAGGAAACUAGAGAAACUGCUUUACCAUACUUUUGGGAUAAGUUUUUUAACCCCGAAGAAUGGUCCUUAUGGAAAGUUGGUUAUAAAUAUAAUGACGAAUUAACGUUGACUUUUAUGUCAAAUAAUUUGGUUGGAGGCUUUUUCAACAGGUUAUCAGCAUCAACUAAAUAUUUAUUUGGUUGUUUGGUUGUUUAUGGAGUUAAUAAUAACAAUGGUAUUAUUGGUGCUCUUCUAGUCAGAGGACAAGAUUUCAAACCAGCAUUUGAGGUUGCACCUGAUUGGGAAUCGUAUGAAUAUGAGAAAUUGGAUGCAAGCUCGGCUGAAACUAAAGAUUUUGUUAAUAAUAUGUGGGCUUGGGAUAAACCUGUUGUUAUUGGUGGUAAGUCAAUUGAAAUCAGCGAUGGUAAGGUUUUAAAAUAAGGGUGUUGUAGUAUAUAUCUAUAAAUAAAAUACCAAGAUACAAAAAAUUUUUCAAUAUAUUUUUUAUAAAGUAAUUUAAUUUAUUUUUCCAGAGUAUUUUCAAGAACUAGUAAAAUUAAGCUGUAAGUAAGAGAAGAAAUAAAAGAGAAAAUAAAACCGGAAACGAAAUCAAAAUUGGAAGAAAAUAAAAUUCAAAUUAUAAAUAGAAUUUGAAAUAAAGUUCGGAAUAAGAUUUUUAUUUAGAU